UCACAAAUUUACCGAACUCUCGUAAACAACAGUGCAAAAUGUGGCAAAAGAUUAUCUGCUUUACAACCUUCCUUGCUGUAGUCACAGCGCAAAAUGGAUACGGCCACAGUGAUGCAUACUCUUCCCAGCAUUUUGUUAAACAUGAUGGCCACCCGGAAGUUGUCCACGGCCACCACGGACAUCAUGACUAUCAUACUCAUCCCAAAUAUGAAUUCGACUACAAAGUGGAAGACCAUCACACGGGUGACAUGAAGUCUCAACAUGAGCACCGAGAUGGAGACGUGGUGAAGGGCGUUUACUCCCUCCAUCAGCCUGAUGGGUCCGAGAGGACCGUCCACUACCACGGUGACCAUCACACUGGUUUCCACGCAGAUGUCAAAUUCGGAACUCAUCACAUUGUUCCUCAUCAUCAUCACCAUUAAGUGUUUUUGAAUUAUUUAAUACAAUACUU